AAUAGUGAUCCAGGUAAAACCGAUGUAAAACUAGCUGUUAGCAAUGGCAGUAAAGAAAAUGAAAAAUCAUCCGGGGCAUCUCGAAGCGCAUCGUUCAGUAAUCGCAUAAGAAGUCCACCAACUUCUCCGCCACCGCCACCGGAUGUAACAAAACGACCAAAUCCAGUGAGACGUGAACGUCCUGUCUCAACACCGGUGAUUCCCGUUGUAAAACGUCAUCAACCCGAUUAUUUGGUAUCGUCCCCAACGAAAUCUCCCUCACCGCCACCUCCUCCUCCUCCAACAAAAAUUGAAAAAUCGUCGAGUUUAAUUCUUGAAGAAGAGGAAUUACCGAAAAUUCCGCCGAUUUCAACAAAUACUUAUCGCGUGACGAAACCGUUUUUUAAAAGGGAUGAAAAGUCAUCGCUGGAUGAUAAUAAGGCUAAUUAUGCUUGUGAAACGCCUCCGAAACCCGCGUCUCGCUCGUCUAGUCGAGAUAGUCUUGAUGAUAAUAAGGUGAAAAGCGAGGAAAAAGAGGCGGGGAGUAGGGAGAAUUUAUCUGGAACUUCGGGGAGUUUAUCAUCGCUUAGUCCGCCGAGUAGUCCUAGUAGAGUUAAAACGGAAAAUGAGAAACAAGAGGAUGAAGGAAAUGAAAAAGAAUCAACCGAUUUCUCGACAACAAAACACAAUGAAAAGACUGAUAUUAUCACCCCAACGGUUAUCACCAGGCGUACGAAAGUUUCGAGUAUCUCGCUCAACAUCCCAGCGGCGGGUUUGGGCAGCAGACCGCCUUCCAUCGUGAGCACCUCCACGUUAGACGAGGGCGGUUUUAAUGAACCAACCCCCGAGAUAAAGGCUAAAUUAAAACCGCCACUUGUUGGCCACUACAAAGAUGGUGAUAACGAUGACGACGACGACGAACCGGAUUACGCCGAGCCUGUUUCUUCGUCGCAACAAAGCAGCCCCGAUGUGCUCAUAAAACAACUACCAUCUCUUAGUAGCCCCGAUGUUUUAAAAACGACCGCGUAUCAAAGUGAUUUUUAUCAAGGAAAUAAAAUGCCCGAUAUCGGGCAUUGUUCGUCGAUUAAAGAGGAAUUAAAAAUUGAUUUGGUCGAUAAAAAUAUUGAGGCGUUGUACGCGGUUCCAAAUAAAGGGCGAGAUUUGUUGAAACAAAAAUCGAAUACUUCGACGGAUUCGGAAGUUUCUCAAGUGACUGUUGUUGCUCAACGUUCGUUUGAUUCGGAUAUUAUUUAUAAUGGACAAACGGGUGGUUUAUUUAGUAGUAAUAAGAAUGAUGGUGAUGUUGUAACUGAAAUUGAGUGCCAAGAAAUUAGUAAUAAUAGUGUUGGGGAGCGACGUUAUGAUAGUUUUCAAUUAGAUGGGGAUUGUUUUAAACCAGAUUUGAUAUCAAGUACAAAUGAGUAUGCGCAGCAGAAGAAGUCCUCGAUUCAUUCCCCGGAGAUUAAAUCGGAAGCGAACCUUUUGGACGAAGUCGAAUACGUCGAGAUACCAUCGAAGGACGACGACGAAGACGACGUCCUCGUCGAUAUCGAUGAAGAAGGGGAAGUAGUUGUCUUGAAGGUUGAUGCUGUUGAAGCCGACGCCAUGACACCCGCUGAAGCUGAAAAUCUGCUAAGCUCAAAUAUACUGGAGAAAAGAAUUAGACAAGAUCUUCUCUCAGACGAAGAAGCUCAAGAAGUAGUUAGAUUAUUACACCAAGAAGAUCGUCAUUGGCAGCCAGAUUUAUCCAGUUCUAUGCACGAUAGUUCAAUGAUGGGGCCACCUUCGUUAAACGACAGCAUGGGGCCACCGUCGUUACAAGAAGACUCGAUGAACACCGAACCCAUCGUCGAAUACGCCGUCGUUAAUAAAGCCGCUAAACAUUAUGAAAAAAAUAAUUUCAUAAAUAAUUCGGUUAUGAACGAAUCCACAUCGAGUAUUGACGUUUCAAUACAGGAUGUUACUUGUAAUUCAAAAAUGGAUUCAAGCGUUGCGUCAGAUUCUGGAUUAAUUGAUUCUGUUACUAGUAUUUCGGAAGGAAAUAAUGUAGAUUCAGAUUUUGUUCCCGUACCAAAACGAAUAAUCGGAAGCGAACAUGGCGUUCAUUACUACGAAGACGGCCAUUUUUGGAUGGAAGUCCCCGGUUUACCACAACAAGACGAAGACGACGACCUCGAUUAUCCAAAUUACGUCCCGAAAUCGUCAAAAGUCUGUUUCUCCACGGAUCCCAUGAAAGUUUACUCAACAUUCAGCAUAAACGAUUACGAUCGUAGAAACGAAGACGUCGAUCCGGUCGCUGCAAGUGCUGAAUAUGAAUUAGAAAAGCGCGUAGAAAAAAUGGACGUAUUUCCGGUUGAAUUAAUUAAAGGACCGGAAGGAUUAGGUUUGAGUAUCAUAGGGAUGGGUGUUGGUGCGGAUGCCGGGUUGGAAAAACUUGGGAUUUUCGUUAAAACGAUAACCUCAAACGGGGCGGCAGCUAGAGAUGGCCGAAUACAAGUUAACGAUCAAAUUAUCGAAGUUGAUGGUAAAAGUUUAGUUGGGGUAACUCAAGCUUAUGCGGCGAGCGUUUUAAGGAACACUUCCGGUUUAGUUCGAUUUAGUAUUGGAAGGGAACGCGAUCCAGAAAAUAGUGAAGUUGCUCAAUUAAUUAGGCAAAGUUUACAAGCUGAUAAAGAAAGGGAAGAAAGGAGACAAAGAGCUUUAGAGGCUGAACAACAAAGUAGCGAUGCUAGUACUUUACCUUUAAUGGGUUCUGCAAAUAGUAGCGUUUCAGAUGGCCCAGUGAGUCCUUUAACGCACAACGAUAGCGUUUUUGAGCCUGAUAUACAUGAGACAAGCGAUGUGGAAUCGUUGAGAUUGCUACUUCAAGAGAGCCAACGAAAGCUCAACCUGACGGAACUCGAAGUUGCUAAGCUAAAAACGAAGCUUAUGGAACAAAACGGAAUGAAAACGGAUGAAAGUGAAAAACUUGAGCAGGCUAAUCAAAAAUUAAAGGAAACGGAACGGACGUUAACGGCAUCGAGAAAAGAAAUAAUUACGUAUCAAAACAUGUUGGAACAAUCUCAAAAUCAAUACGUCAAUUUAGAAAAGAAAUACAGCAGGGCGAAACAAUUAGUUCGCGAAUUCCAACAACGCGAACUCGAUAUGAUUCAUCGCGAGGAUUUUUAUCAACAAUUAUUACAAGAAAAAGAUACCGAAUAUAACGCUUUAGUUAAAAACUUAAAAGAUCGCAUAAUCGCUUUAGAACAAGACUUAUUAGACACCCAAAAAAAAGCUGGGAUUACAAUCGGACUUCCUUACGAUAGCGUCUCUUUAAAACAAAUCACACCACAAAUGACACGCAGACAACCCCCAAAACCAUUACUUCAAUGCCUCGAUACCGAUUUUUCCGACACCGAAGUUUCCGAUGUAAGUCCAUGCGACGAUGAUAAAACAUCAACAGUCGAAAGAAAACUUCCCAUUAAAGAGGAAUUAGAUAGCGCGGUCCCACAACACGAACUCCUAGAUAUUUCGGCUAAUAAAAGUAAAGCGGAAUUAGCGAAUCGUGGCGCUUUAGCAAAUAGACAACUUCCAAGCGCCAAAAAAGGUUCGUUAAGUAAUAGUAGUUCCGAUUAUGGUUUAGAUGAAAGUUACAAUUCGGGGGAUGAAUUAACAGAUCCGGGUUAUUCGCAAACUUCAAUGGAAAAGCCUACUUCUAUUAUUCGCCCGACUACUUUAAAUACAAAUUAUGUACAGUGUAUAACGCAAUCGGCGAAUUAUAAUUCGGCGCAAUAUUCUUCGUAUACAGCUUCGGGACAAAAUCAUAGUAGCAGUAGUAGUAGUGUGAUAUAUGCGAGAGUACAAAAAGAAUCGAGUGUUGGGCAACAAGGGAGUCCGGAUCCUUGGGGAAGUGCAAAUAAAAAUGUUAAUAUUGGAUUGGGACCACCUGCUUCGUUGGCUGAGCAACUUAAACAGGUACUGGCUGAAAGGGAAAAGCGAAUGGGAAACGAAAGCUUGACGAGUUCCACUGACGAACUUAGCGAAAAAUCAAAAAGCACCGCUCAGCAUUUGCUCGAAGAAAUCCGGCAAGCAGUCAGCGAAGCUAACCAAAGAGUUAAGAAAGUUGUACCCGUAACUUUGUCACCACCAGGCACAGUACCAUGGCAGCAUCAAUCCGGGGCAUCACCCACACCACCUUCGCCAUCCAGUUUAUCUUCCGGGUCGGUUUCACCCUCACGACACGAAUCAUGGAGCACCAUGAAUCCAUCCGACCUCAGUUUAUCAUCGUGUAGUAUUGCUAGCGAUAAACGUAGCUCGUAUUAUUGGCAAAGUGGUCCUGUUACGGAUUGGACCAAAGAUCAGGUUAGAACAAAAAUAUAAGUACAGUGAAAUUCC